UCCGUGUUUUUUGGUUUCGUGCGCUGCGCUGCGUGUCCGCCCUCUUCCCUUCCCUCCCUCUUCAUUUCCUCAACCCUGCUGCUUCACAUCGUGAGGGGCCAGAGGUUCGGCUGCGACCCGGAGCAUGACGCGUCAAGCCCAGCUGCGUCCCUUCGCGGCGUAGCGCCAUGGACUGACGGACAGAUGCUGCAGGUGGAGCCAGAAUGAGUGCCGAUCCGCUACUGCAGGAGACGCUGAUCAAGCGUUCGCAGCAGAAGAAAAGGACGUCGCCGCUGAACUACAAGGAGCGAGUGUUUGUCCUCACCAAGACCAGGCUGACGUACUACGAAGGGAAACCAGAGAAGAAGUUCAAGAGGGGCUCGGUGGAGCUGAGCCGCAUCAAAUGUGUGGAAAUCGUGAAGAUUGGAGGUGGGAAUAUCCCCUGCCAGAACAAAUACCCGUUCCAGGUUGUGUACGAUACCAACACGCUGUAUGUUUUCGCUCCCAGUCAGAAGAGCAGAACUCUGUGGGUCCUGAUGCUCAAAAAUGAGAUCCAACACAACGCAGGCGUGCUGCUGAAGUUUCACCCCCAGUUCUGGCUGGAGGGCCUCUGGCUCUGCUGUCGCCAGGCAGGCAAACAGGCGCCGGGCUGCGAGGAGUACAACCUGCUGGGAGACAUUUCCAGAAAACCUUUGCCUCCGAUUCCUGAACAGGAAAACACGCGCCGGCCCCGACCUCCUCCGGUCCCGCAGGACGAAGACGAGGAGGAUGACGAGGAGGAGGAGGAGGUGGUGGUGGCCCUCUACGACUUCCCAGGGAUGGAGCCACACGACCUGAAGCUGGUCUGCGGCGGAGAAUACGUCAUCCUGGAGAAAUGUGACGUCAACUGGUUCAGGGCGCGCAACGAGUACGGGGAGGAAGGCUACAUCCCGAGUAACUACGUGACGGAGAAAACGUCUGGGAACCUGGUGGAGUUCGCAUGGUACAGUAAAGGAGUAAACAGGAACAUGGCUGAGGAGCUGCUGAGGAUGGAGGACAAAGAAGGAGCCUUCAUUGUGAGAGACUCCAGCCAUCCGUCGACAUACACCGUCUCUCUUUACACCAAAGCAGGAUCUGGGGAAGGAGGUCCAAUGAUUAAACAUUAUCACAUUAAAGAGACGCAAUGCACGCCCAAAAAGUUUUACCUGGCUGAGAAACACCUGUUCAGCUCCAUCCCUGAACUCAUCGAGUACCACAGCCACAACGGAGCCGGUCUUGCAGCCAGGCUCAGAUAUCCUGUAGGAAAGCAGGACAAGUCAGGUCCAUCGACGGCGGGCUUCAGCUACGAAAUGUGGGAGAUCAAACCGAGCGAGUUGACCUUCAUGAAGGAGCUGGGCAGCGGUCAGUACGGCCAAGUCAGGCUCGGCAUGUGGAGGUCGCAGCACAAGGUGGCCAUCAAGACCAUCAAGGAGGGCGCCAUGUACGAGGAGGACUUCAUCGAAGAGGCCAAACUCAUGAUGAAGUUGUCCCAUCCCAAGCUGGUGCAGCUGUACGGCGUCUGCAGCCAGCAGAGGCCCAUCUACAUCGUCACAGAGUUCAUGCAGCAGGGCUGCAUGGUGAACUACCUGAGGCAGCGGCGCGGCAGCUUCAGCCUCGGGUCGCUGCUCGAUAUGUGCCUGGACGUCUGCGAGGGCAUGGAGUACCUGGAGGCAAACAGCUUCAUCCACAGAGACCUGGCGGCCAGGAACUGCCUGAUGAACGACGCUAUGGUGGUGAAGGUUUCUGACUUCGGCAUGGCCAGAUACGUCUUGGACAACCAGUACACCAGCACCAAAGGCGCCAAGUUUCCUGUGAAGUGGUCUCCGCCUGAGGUCUUUAACUACUGCAAGUUCAGCAGCAAGUCGGACGUCUGGUCGUACGGCGUGCUGAUGUGGGAGGUGUUCACAGAGGGCCAAAUGCCCUUCGACCAAAGUCUCAAUCACGAAGUGGUUGCCAUGGUAACCAACGGCCAUCGGCUGUUCCGGCCCAAGAUGGCCACGGCCGCCCUGUACGACAUCAUGCAGCUCUGUUGGAACAACAGACCGGAGGAGCGUCCAUCUUUCUCUGAGCUUUGCCUGAAGCUCUCAGACGUUUUGGAGGACGACGGUUUUUCUUCAUCCUGACCAUCCAGGCUCCUCCUCAUCCUUGCUGGAGACGCACCCUGCUGUCGUAACCUUUCUAACGGCUCUGUGGUGUAUAUAUUUAUAUUUUAAAACCACAAACGGAAGGACAGCAUUCUGCACAGUAACGCUGCUUAACGCGAUGAAGCGUCGAGGAACCGACCACAUCUGCUUAUCAGCCGCUGAACCCGAUUCAGGACGGCGAACAGGAACUGAGCGACGCUCGCGGACUGUGGAGGUUUAGCCAGGUGUCUCAACAUGUUGGGUGGAAAUAAAUAGUUUUUACUAAGCUUCCUUUCUUCUACUUGUUGGAGUUCUUACUGAAAGUAAAGAAACUCACAAGUCGAGGGUGUGGUUUAACCGCAGCACAGACUGAUUUUUAUAUCACUUAGGUCAAACCUAAAAACAACAUCAAACUAAUUUUUGCAUUUUUAACUAAAUGAAUUUUGUGGCCUGACUGUAGUUUAAACUCUCCAGUUUUUGACAUUUUGUUUGGGAUAAAAAAAGUUUUAAACUUUUUAGACUUUUUUUUUAAAGCGACAUAUUGUUGCUAAUCACACAUUGUUUCAACAUAUUGUGGUUUGUAGCAUGUUUAUAACACUGUUUACAACAGUGUUAUAAACAAUAUAUUAACGACAAUAAGUUGUAAACCAUCAAUAUGUUGCUUUACAUUGUUGCUUUAUAACAUUUUUAACAUAGUUACAUUGUUUAUAACAGGUUAAACUGCAACAAUAUUGCUGUUAACAUUGUUUUACAAUAACAGUAUGUCGCUUUGUUACAAUCUUGCUUUGUAAUAUAUUGUUUAUAACAUUGUAACAACUUACUGUUUAUAACUAUAGAUUGUUGCUAUACAGCAGAAUAUCAACAAUGUUUUGUUACAAUAUGUAAAAAAAACUAACUUUUUAGACUUUUGUUAAAGUGACAUGUUGCUAAUCACAAAUUGUUUCAGUAUAUUGUUUAUAAAGUGGUUUUAACGGUAUAACACAGUUAUACUUUAUAACAACAACUUUAUCAAAUAUGUUGCUGAUAACACGUUAUUGUUCUCAACAAUAUGUAGUUACAAAGCAACAUAACGCGCCGUUUCCACAGUCAGUGAUGCUUUGGGUCUCAUCUGCUGUUCAUGCAGUAAUUCAUGCAAAGGAGCCCCAACCCAGAGCAGUUUCUUACUGCUCUACUUGCACUGAAUGUGAAAUAAUGGUUUUUAUUAUCCUUACGCCAUAAAACCUCAAAACUAACCUACGAGUUUCAACUUUAUGAAUGUACUUAACUGAAAUAAAUUAACUUUUUUUAACAGAC